AUGGACUCCGUCGCCCCGAUUCUUGGUCUUCGCCCCGCCGGCAAAGACGACAACACUAGCUCCCCGGACCAGAACGUCUUCACAGAUGCUGUUCUCGCGCGUGUGGGGCACGCGGUUUUGGCUCCUUCCCCCUCCCCUCUUCUUCGCGCGCAGAACAUCGCGCCGCAACUCAUCGGAAAGCAGGGCCAGACGGUCAGCAAGCUCAUGAAGGAGAGCAGGGCGAAGAUCGUAGUGAAACCGUAUCCUGACAGGAGCGGAAACGACGUGGUCAUCACGGGGACUCCAAACGCGGUCAAGGUCAGCAAGAGCCGAGUGCUUGGCAGCACACUUGAUUGCUGUCGCGGCUGUGUUAGGGUGCGGUGUUUAGCGAUACCACUCUAUUUUCAGGCUGUGGUGGUUGGUCGGUGCGAUGGAGUUGGUGCCGGUUGCUUCGUCGUCGUCGUCAAUGCCCUCUCCCUGCGCCACCCCCUCCAAUGUACACGAAGGGUCACCAUGAGAGUAGAAGAGGAGUUCUACCGCUCCAAGGGCUGCCAGCCCACCGCUCUGCCGCCACCUUCCUCCGCCGUCGCCGCCGCCCGCAAGGCCGAGGGUGCCCGAGCCCGCCCCGCGCAACCGGUUACUGGGGGUCCCGGUGGGGGCGGGGGCGGGGGCGCCGCACCCGUGGUUGUGGAGGAUGGCGCGUGGGGGGGAGAGCUACGGCAGCUGUUGAGGGUGGCCGGGUGUGAGCACCACCUCGAGAGGUUCCGGGAGGACCAGCUGGACGGGGAGGUGCUGCUGAUGAUGGACAGGAGGGACUUUGAGAGGAUGGGGGUCACCGUGGGCGAGCAGAUCCGCAUCUUGAAUGCCCUCAAGGGCAGUGGUGCCGGCGGUGUGGAUGACUCCGACGAAGACUCGGACGGCUUGGACCCGGACCACCCGGACACGUGCAAGAUCUGCUUGGACGCACUCGUGGACAUCCUGUUCCUGCCGUGCGCCCACCACUGCACGUGCUCGCGGUGCGGUUCCGCCUACGAGGGGAAGCCGUGCAUCCUAUGCAGGAGGGUGGUCGACAAGGUGCAGAGAGUCAUCAAGCUACGCGGGUAGCUGAGUCUGUUCGGUUUCGGAGCAACUACAGGCCUGAACAGGGGCGCCGCACCUAAAUGUCGCUCUUCGGUAGUCCGGUUCGGAGUGACCCCCCAACUGCGUACGACGAGCGAAAGCUACGUUGUUUUUGGCAGAACGGACUCUGACCUGAGAACGGCCAAAGACGCGCAAACCCGCGUAAAGAAUGUCAGUCUUAUUUGUUCCCUGUGUCUCAGUGUUUGAUCCCUGAGGGGUAGCCCGCUUUGUUGGAUCGGGUGUAAGGUGGGGUUUCGAGUUCUUGGAUUAUUUGUAAAACCAGGGCCAGUUUUCUGUUGUGAAUAUGGGUAGAACCACGGUCACGAUUUUCCUCGCGAUUGUUUUCUGUGUUCGUCAGUCCGGAACCGUUUGCCAUCGAAGAUGCACCUUCUUCUGCGACACUCUUUGGAUACAUGGAGUGGGCUUCGAUGCAAGGUGGGAAGCGUUGGUUCUGGGUGAGCUGCGUGCUAUAGGCGCCGGCGGCAUCAACGGUGUGAUUCCAGAAUAGUCCGCGUCCACCAAACCGUUUGUGUACUGCCUGCCUGCAUCAUGCUUUCCUGUCGGUGCGUUUCCUAGCAUGAAGCGUUUCAGACAGUGUUUCUCUUCAUGCACAAACGCGUGUAUGCGUGCGCCUUUCCCAUUCGAUUCUAAGCGACUGACCGAUGAAAGCAAGUCACUCUCAUUGCGGAUAAGAUGCUAAUAGGUGUGGGCCAUGGUCUGGUCUGCAUGUGUUUGUAUGUUCGUACCAUCUGGUCGAUUUGUGUUUGCAUGAGCCGGCGGGGACACAGACAGGAGGAGGCAGGUAGAUCAUACGGAAAGGAUAUUUUUAUUUGUAGUAUUUUUGGUUUUAGCGCCCCACCGUGCCUCUUGGGGUGCUUGCGUUGUCAGUAUGUUGUUCCGAGAAGGUCUCAGCCGUCCCUUUCCCUCGUCGACCGUGAAGUCGGGCUUGUGUCCUCUCGCAAAUCAAGUGCUUUCCAUGGUAAACUGCGCUUUUUUUUCACUCCUUUCAUUCCUCAGAGAGGAACCAAAUUCACAGCUUGGCUACUUUCUUUUUUUUGUACCAUGCAGAGAUCGCGUUUGGAGGACUUUGUACUGGCCCUUUUCUACUUGUUCGUGAUAGAAAGAUGUGUGCCCCUGUUGUGUCGUUGGCUUGUGACCGCGGAAGGCGUCCGCGUCAGUUGGAGCAGUAUGGAUAUUGGAGGGUACCGAGCGGAGACUGGAACGGUUUUUAAUGUGAACGCAUCAACAACUUGACUCCUUUCGCUCCAGAAUGAGAGCCGAAUUCAUGCUGCCGGUAGGGUUACGAGGUUUUACCAUCAUUCGGCCACGGGGGGCGACAACCAGUAGCUAGGUGCUGUAAAUACCGGGGGCACGCAGCAUGAUGUGGAGAAUGGACAAGUUUCCGUUGGGAUCGCCACAACCUCUGCCGUGUGUACUGUAUAGGAGAAUUUUCGACGUACCACCCAUCGUGACUCGGUACUACUGACUAGGGCACAAGAGAGCGCACAACAGGACAUGCCAAUGAAGAACGUUGCGCUCCACGAAUACUUUUUUGGACAGGUCGUUAGAACAUGCGCACGGGCCACACUGAAAAAAGCCGCCAAGGUUAAGAAUGAAUCCCAAACGACCUCGAUCGAGAAGGAAACACGACAAAAGACUGUGGACAUGAUCGCACGCGCGUCCGAAUCGAUCGGUAGGGGGAUGGAGCGGACACGAAAAUGGAAUGCUGCCAUUAUUCGCGAGGGAGCCCUCAACAACUAGUUGGAAGGACUGGCAAGCACGGACAAAAAGAAAAAGAAACAUCAACCGGACAUGAAGCUCGUCGUGUGUAACUUCGAGCGCAAAACAUACAGUCGAAUUCUUACAUCAAACAAGAAGAUACGUUCGCUGUCUCUGCGUGCCCGUAGCCC